GCACCAGUCACCACGCCUCUUUCAGUCACACGUAGCUGCAGUCUAGCCGCUGUAAUUGUAAAUGUACAGCUUGAAUUAAAUUAUCUUUAUGUUACUAAAAUGCUGAAUAUGAGGAUUAUAUCUGCUGCAACGUGAGAGGUCUCUGUCGAUCGUUUGUGAUAAACGGCAUCAGAGGGCGAACUCUGUGUUACUCAACCGCUUGGGUAACACAUGAAUGGUGGCUGGUUACGUUAGCUAACACCAGUGUUUGCUACGCCAAAGUCAGAUGCUACAAUAGCUUAGCAACGUGUAGCAUCUAUAGCUAGGUGGGUUCAUUGUAUUUCAAGAUGUUUUCCAGAGUCAGAAUAUGUUUGGCCAGAUUGCGCACUGGUGUAAAUUCAGUGGCAUCUGUAAGAGUGACACCUCAACUCUGCAGACAUCAGCAUCGGACAUUCAGCUCUGAGUCUGCUACUGUCAAGGUGCUGUAUGAUGGGCUUUGUCCCAUAUGUGUGACAGAGAUCCGGUUCCUCCAGUUUCUGCAGAGAAACCAGCCAGGGAAAGUGGAUUUCGUCGAUAUCUCCCUGCCAGGCUAUGAUGGGGGGAAAUUUAAGGACAUCAGCUAUGAGAUGGCCAUGGAGGAAAUGCAUGUGAUUGAUGAGAAAGAUGAGGUUCACCGUGGGAUCCCAGCAUUUGCAGUCAUGUACGGUGCGGUGGGUCUUGGUUGGUUGGGGCGCUUCAUGACGUGGUCACCUGUGAGGCCAUUUAUGGACCAAUCCUAUGCCAUCUUUGCAAGGAAUCGUUUAAAGUGGACCGGACGUGCGGAGGAGUGCACCACAGGACGCUGUGAAAAGAAAUGACAUUGACUCUUGACCAGAGAAAGAAGAAAGUAUGUCUAAUUAAUUGUAAAGAAGAACUGGAUAAAUACUGCAUGGUUAGUCCCCUUUAGCCUUUGGUUCAUCAUGAACCUUUCUGGAAGAGUUUCGGUACUGUUUUUCUGCUGAAAGGAAAUAGCUGGAUUAAAUGUGUUUGCUGUGAAGAUAUUAUUUAGUGCAGAAUGUCUUUGCUUGUAAGACUGUUAGUCUCACUUGAUAUUCUUCAGUCAGUUCAGUUAAAACAAACCAACAUCUUCCAAGAGUGAUACACAAAUGAAAAUGAUGACAGUAAUAGAUGGUUGCAAAAUAUAAGCAAAAAUACUGUAAAAACAAGUUUCUGCAAUUUGCUGAAAAUGUCCUGAAUAUUAAAAAUUGAUUCAUAAUGUUAAGCUUAAUAUUAAACAUUCAAAGAAAUGUAUCAAAAA